AUGGACCCAGUGUGGAUGUGUCUGCUCCUGUCUGCUCUCCAUCUCUCCUACAUCUCUGGAGCUCCAGUGAACGUGGACGUGGGCAUGUGCAGGCCGCACUGUGGAGGGGCGUCCCGGGCUGUCCAUGACGCAGCGCAGAGGGACUUCUCCAAACACCCGUCUAUGCUCGACUUCAUCAGGAGCAAAAAGCAGAGAACGCACGCGGCCUCUCCACACGCACACGCACAAGAGCAGAAGCGGCUGCCGUCCUGCGGGCUGGAGCAGGUGUGCGAGCCCACCGGGAUGCGAGUGCAGAGGGUGCUGCUGUUCGAGGGCCCCCGGGAGGUGGAGGUGAUCGAGGACUGUCACUGUGAGCUCAGACUCACGCAGUGCAUCCGCGUGCCCGCGCUCAAGACCUACUACGCACAGACGCCCUAUGAGGCUGUUAUUGACGUGGGAGGGUGCUCCAGGUCCAAGGGAGCGCCAGAGGGCUUCUCGUGCGUUCCAACUCAGUUCGACUCGGCGCUGGUGGAGACUCCAAACAAAGUGGAGCUGAUCCAGACGGUGGAGGCCUGUGAGCUGAAGGAGAGCUGCUACAGAGUUUCUCAUGUGGAAUAUUACUACGAGAUCGUGCAGCACAACGAUGGAGUCAAAGAGGAGCAGCUCAAGGAAAUAGACGUGGGCAGAUGUCUGGGAGGCUGCACCACAGGAAACCGCUGUCUUCUCAGAAGUCCAUCUGACCCAGCGAUCUGUCACUUAUGGGCCGAGCGACAGUCCAGCUCCUGUGUGCCACAGGGAUAUGAAAGCCACAGCUUCACAAACCAGUACGGACAGAUGCGCACAGUGCACUCCAUCAGCUCCUGUCUGUGUCAGGAGUGA